AUGGCUGCUGCUGCUACUUCUAAUACCAAAACGAAAAAUGCGAGUAACAAAGAGAAAGCGGCAAAUAAGUUUUAUGAAGAAUGGAUGGAUUACAAAGAACAAGAAAGGCGAUCAUCGAUAGCGACAACUGAAACUGUCAAAAGUAUCAAGAAUAAUCAAGGUGGCAAAUAUAAAUUAUAUGAUGAAUAUCAGAGAAAAUUGUCACAAACACCGGUAAGAUAUGAGAAAGAUAGAUUUUUGUUUUUCAGAAAUUAGAAAUUUACUUAUAUGAAUUCUAAUUUCAAUCAAUAACUAGUUGUAUAACAAAAAAAACGAAUCAAAAUAUUCAUUCAUAGUUUUGAAUACUAUUUUUGGAAAUUUGAAUAAAAAAUUCUAGGUUUUUUCAAUUAAAAAAUAGUUUCAAUUUCCAAUUAUUUGAGCUAUAUACAUUCAAAAUACUCGAACUAUUUCACACGGAGUGCGUUCCGUUACGCCAGAACCCGCCGAGAAAAAAAAAAGAAAAACAGUAGAGGGUCAGAGAAAAAAACAAUUGAAAAGUAAAUGAGGCAAUGAGAAAAUUUAUGUGCGAUAGAGCGCGUUUUCUCUCCUAUCUGAAACAUUUGCCGCGGCGUAAAGAAAAGCGAAAUUGAAACAAUAAAAGUCAUUUUUAGACAUUUUCAUUCAAAUUGUAUUAGUUUCGAAGUAUAACUGAAUUUUGAAAAACAUUUUUUAAAAAUUCACAAAAAUCAUUCAAGCAAAAACAUUGAAAUGCAACGAUAGACAAAAAUAGAUGAUGCAUUCAGUAUAUUUUGAAGUAUAUUCAACAAGAAUUCAUGGUCGAAGUAUUUCAAAACAAAUAUUUACAAAACAAUAAAUCUCAUCUCUCAAAAAAUGCCGAAACCAACAAAAAACUUUUUCGCACAAUUUUGUAUUUUAGACAGCAACAACACCGCCACAACCAAUAAUCUCGUCACCAAUAAAACGACAAUGUAAGUUUUUUUUUCAUUUUAUGUAUGUAAAAAAAUUGUAUUGUAAAAGGAAAAUGAAAGGUUUUAAGCUUUGCCGAUAAUUCAUCCGAUUAGAGAAAGAAGAACAUUAAGUCAGGCGUCAACGAGAUCUUCGAACAAAAUGGUUGAUUGGGAUAACCUUGAUGAAGAUGUGAGUAUUUUAUAGAUUUUUAUUUUAUAAUGUGAAUUAAAUAUGCGAGUGCCUAGAUUUACAUAUGUAUAGAGAUGGUUUUCUCAACAGAAAAAUAAGAUUUUGUAUGGUUUUUUUCGAAAAAAGAUUGUGGGGGUGGAAAUAAAUUUAAACAACUAAAAAUUUCAAAUUGUUUAAGAAGUUCGAAGGUUUUCAAAAUUCGGGAAAAAAUCAAUCCAAAAAAGUUAAAAUAAAUUGAUCUUGAUAAUGAGAAUUUUGGUUUGAAAAUUUUGACUUCAUGCAUUGAAAAAUGUAGAAAAAACACUUGUUUAACAUUAUUCAUGUGAUUAUGACCAGAAAUACCAAAAAUUCAUCUUAUCUAUUACAGUAGCUCAAAAUUAACAUAUAAAAAAGAAGAAUCAUUCCUCAUGACUAAUAGAAAACUUUGAUCAUCAAAAUAUGCCUAAAAACAGUAACUUUAUGUUCUCUUUGAUAGUGAAAACCGCAUUCUUUUUGGAAUUUAUGAUCCUAUCUCACUUUCAUUUUCCAUUUUUCCUUAGUUUUGUCAAAAUUGCCGACAGUUGUAAAAAUCCAAUUUUUACAGAUUCUCGAGGAAAUUCGCAAAGAUUUCGGUCCAUUUUAUAAAUGGGUUAAGAAUGGAAGAACUGACGAUUUAAAAAAGGAGAUCAUCAAGAAGUUGUUGUUCAAAAAUAAAUAA